AGCUGAGCAAUUUACAGUUACAAAUUAAAAUUGUGAACGAGAACACGAUUCCAAAUGUACAUACAAAGAUUUUAAUUCUAGCGUGAGAGCAGAUGCGUGUCAAAAACUCAAGGUGAGUUAAACAUUCUUACACAUACGUAUCUUCGAAGUAAGAGCUUUGUCAACAUGAAAUCUUUAUUUGAACGUACAUUGGUCUACGAUCCAUGCAGUUCCACAGCAUCGAAGCCAUUAAAAGCUUUUGGCCGAGUCUGUCAGCUCCAAUUUAGCCUUUUUGAUUUACUGUUUGGGUAGUUACCGCCUUUUAUUCUGUCAGUGAGUAUAUAAGCAGACCAUUUUCGAUCUUUUCGGUACAAAAAAAUCAGAGUCGCCGAGAUAGCUAAGUUCGUUAACUGAUCGAUCUCACUCCAAAGAGAGAGCCAUAUUUUGUGAAUUGCUACAAUUUGGUGCAGAAAUUUUGUAACCCAACUUGACACAAACGACCUCACUUUUACCACAAUUGACGACGUUAUCACUUCCCCCAUCAGACUGUAUCUUUCAGAGACAACCUUUCAAAGCAUCUUUGGAGAAAUUAAACCCUGAUGUAACGUGUCUGUCAAGUAAUUUGAACAUAGAUAGUAAAUUUUCAGCUCGAUCGUGCGAGGGUCGCAUCCGGUAGUUAAUUAAAGCUGGAGUAUAGAAUGGUUUAUUGAGAAAAUACUGUUAUGAAGGUUUUCAAUUAACACGCCAGACUUUGACAUCAAUCAAUUUCCGGGAAAAAUGCGAUUCUAUGCGUGUUAAAAUCUCCGUUUGAAAAUCCCUUUAGGUACACGUGAGUGAUUGAAAAUACCGGCAAAAUUGAGGGCCCUAAUUUUUAUUAAAUUUUUCAUGUCAUAUGCGUUAAGAAGAAAAACAAAACUAGAAAAGGCAACCCAAUGGAAUUAAAACCAGAACAACAACAACAAAAACAAAACAAAGAAAGCAAAAAAAUUUAAAGAAGGUUUCAGCUUUAGGUCUCCGUGUUGUUCUCUGCACAGAAGCGGUUGCCAUUAAAGAAAUGUCUUUCUCCUCUCGAGCCAAUGUACGACUUUUCUGUCAGAUUCGAUGGCUUGAUCUCUGAAAUUCGGCUUUACAUCUGACUUUUUUGAAGGACUUUUAAGAAAGCCGCAUGAAUGUUAAGCGCUUGACUUGUGCUGAGAUGCAUGCAACGAGAACAACAAAACAAAAUUUUAUAUUGGAUAGAAAUUAAUAACAAGAACGAUAAUGAAAAUAAUAAAAAUAAUAACAAUUAGGAUGAUGAUGAUAAAAAAAUAAUACUUCCAUGUUAAUUACCAGUAACAUACCUCACAAGAGAAUACUUUAAGUGUUAAAUUUAAAAAGUGACUACAUAGCGAGACAGACAAUAAAUCUAAUUGUUAAUUUUUUUUUAACAAUACCGUGAUAGUUCGACUAUUUCGUUUGACCGCAGUUUCAGUUUUUGACCGCAGUUUCAUAAAAAGCGUAUUGUUUAGCGGAGACAAACAAGAGGAGCAGGUCAUAUUGUCUUGGCCUUUAUUAAGUUAAUUCAUUAUUUUCAGCAACUCAGUUCAAUUCUCUCUUUUAUUUUAUUUUAUUUUAUUUUUUUUUAAUUCUUUGUUGAGCGUGAGUGCUCCAGGCGAAAUAAGAUCUGGUGCUCAAAUGUUAUGAUGGUAAAGUCGAGUAACAUUGUUUGUUCUAAAAGCAAAUAUUUUCAAUCGAUUCAAUGUGUUUUGUUCCCAACCCAGAAAACAUCUGCUAUCGACUAUCUAUUUAGUUAAUAAUACUCCGACUUGCCUGCGGCAAAUCGACAAACAUGAACGCAGGGAAAAUGGAAAGACGCCAUAAAAUCAGAAACAGGGAAGCAAACUGGGCGCAAGAUGGGCAAGGAAAAAUUACAAAACAGGAACUACCAGUUUUGUUUUUACCUCCUGUUGUCGGCGAUGGAUCCUCGCGCGUCAAGCACGAGGACAAUUCUUCGAUUAUGGUUACAAUGAAGAAGCUGAACAGCCGGCCAGAGAAUUAUAAACGUGUUCACCAAAAGUUUUCUACGACGGCUUUACACCACCAGGAUAAGGGAUUGUUCUACAACUGUAAACAGGACAAAAAGCGAUCGAGUUGUAACAAGGAAAUAACCUUUACGGCGAAAAAUACUUCAAAAAGGCCGUUUUUAUUGCCUGCAUUACCCACAGUAGCGUUUCAAGGGCAGAUUCGGAAGAAAGUUACGGCCUCAACGGAAUCCUGCGAAACCCAAAGGUUACCAACUGCUUCCCAAAUAUCUGCCGCAGAUCGACACAAGGACGAAGCAAUUAAAAAGCAACGAGACAACUUCUAA